AUGGCGUCGGCGAUUGAGCAGCUCACGCGAGACUUUGCUCGGCAGCAGGAGGAGCUGGCGGCUGCGUACAAGAAGCUACAGCACUAUGCACUGCAGGAGCAGAGCGGGGAAGGCCCGAAGGCCAAGCAGAAACUGAAGAAGCUGCUGGGGGUGAAGGACUUGGCGCUAGCGGAGGCGCUGCAGCAGCGCAAUGAGCACCGAGUGGAGCUGGAAACGGCCGAGGCGCUGAUCGCCGAGCUGCGUUCACUGCAUUUGGACUCCACGGGGGGUCGGAUCCCUCAAGCAGCUUGGAAGUCGAGCCCCCCUCCCGUGCCUGGGGUUUCGUCCGUUCAAAACACGUUCAAUCGCAGCGCUCGAAGCGCUGUCACGUCAAUUCAGUAUUCCCAGGCAAACGUAGGCAUUCGCACACCGAUGUCACAGGCAGCAACCGCAGCUCUGCUUGGGUGUCCUGGUGCCAUCGAUGUACCUCACGACGAGCGGUUUGAUACCGAAAGCUCGUACAAGUUGCGCAAGGAGACUGGCGGCGCCUUCUGGCGGAAGCAGUACAAGGAGGCCGUGCGAAUGCGCAAGUCUCCGUCAACUGUGGGUCAGCCGAGUGCUGUUAUCACACAGCACAACUCGGCUCGGCCGUCACUGAAGAUCUUUUCGAGUCCUGACAACCGCAAGAAGAAGACUGAUCAGCUACGCGAUGAGUCCGUGCCGUCCUCGCGAUACAUUGGUAUCAGCUCGAGGCAGAAUAAUAUCAUCAAGGAGCAGCACCGCAUGCUCGCGAAAGAGUGA